CUAUAAAUAUGUUUUAAAUAUCAACUUUUAAAAAAAAAUUCUUAUUCAUAAUUGAAGAUAUUAGUGUUUGAAAUCGUGUAUUGGCAAACGUGUCUAAAUAAUUGUGUCAUUUAAAAAAGAACGGAGAAAUUAUUUUUUAAAGUUUCUGUCUUGGAGGGUAGAUUACGUUGAAAUAGAGAAAUUUAUAUUUUUUGUUUCCCUAAAUCAAUGCAAAAUGAGUAUUUUUAUUUUUCACUCAUGCGAGCUUGUGAAGAUAAAUAUAUUGUGAGGAUCCGCUAUGUUGGAUGGUUGGUUAGUGGUCUCUUCUUCCUCGACACCAUUGAAAAUUAUACGGUGUACCGUGCACUCAAGAGUAUUUUUAUGCUCAUGGGUGAUCCCUCUCACAUUUUCUCAUCACAUAUAAGAAAAAAUGUGAGGAAGGUGAACCGUGUACCCGGGUACGCCUAAUAUGUUCUACAACACCAUGGGUUCCAUCACCACCACAAACAACUGAAAGAUCAUCCACUACCGUUUCUAAUGACUUGCAACAGUUUGAUGUGAGAAUAUGGGUAUUUUUGGCAAAAUAUAAUUUGAACAUCAAACCCAUCAUGAUAUGAAUCCGCAUUAUACUAAUUUUAAAAGUGUACUUAAGAAAAUGAGAGUAUUUUAGAUGGAUACCAGACUAUACAAGAGUUUACUUAUCUCCUCUGUAAUAGAAAUAUCCUCUAAAAAAUAUUAAAAUGUCAAUUAAGAAGCUAGUUGUCUAACCCUUUUCUUUUUCAUUUUACGAAAAUUUCUCCCUCCCGCGUUGAAUUUUUCUUUUAUCCAACAUCCUAGUUAGUUCCGUUUUCCUUUUAUUCUCUACCAUUGCAUACUUUUUUAUGUUUUCCUAUUCAUCUUUCCUUCUUUGCUUACAAUAUGUUUACGGAUUGAGAGCAGCCAUCUCCUUUCAUGGUAUGGUAUGGUAUGGUAUGCCAUCUUCAUAAUCGAAGGCUCAAGACCGUGUUUGAAGGAUCAUAUAGCUUUUGGAGAGGGAAUGUAGAUCAGAAGAUGUGGGUGUAAAAGGUUAAAAGAAAUGGAGUUGAUAGAAGAGGUGACAUUGCAAACUCCACAUUGUUGUAAUAUAGAAAAUGUUGAUGAGGCAGAACAAGUUGAUUAUUCUAAAGAAUCGUCAUAUUCUCGAAUACUUCAUCAUACUAAUCCAAAAACACCAUCUUCAUCAUCAUUAACGCCGAAAAUGCGAGAGAAUAGAGGUUUGGCUGCAGUAAAAUUACAGAAAGUGUACAAGAGUUUUAGGAUCAGAAGGCAGCUUGCAGAUUGUGCUGUUCUAGCUGAACAAAAAUGGUGGCAGGUGCUAGACUUUGCUGAACUCAAACACAGCUCUAUAUCAUUCUUUGAUAUAGAGAAACCUGAAUCUGCUGUUUCACGGUGGUCAAGAGCAAGAACAAGGGCUGCUAAAGUUGGAAAAGGUUCGUCUAAGGAUUCAAAAUCUCGGAAACUUGCCCUCCAACAUUGGCUAGAAGCAGUCGAUCCUCGACAUCGUUAUGGUCAUAACCUACAAUUUUACUACGUAAGGUGGCUUCAUUGCGACAGUAACCAACCCUUCUUUUACUGGCUUGACAUUGGAGAUGGAAAAGAAGUGGACCUAAUUGAUAGAUGCUCGCGAUCACGACUUCAACAACAAUGUAUUAAGUACCUUGAUCCAGGAGAGAGGGAGGCAUAUGAAGUAAUAGUGAAGAAUGGGAAGCUCAUAUACAAAGCAACCCAACAGACUGUUGAUACACUGGGACUACCUAAAGGUACUAAAUGGAUCUUUGUUUUAAGCACAACUAAAACUUUGUACGUUGCCCAGAAAAUCAAAGGCAAGUUUCAGCAUUCCAGUUUUCUUGCCGGAGCUGCUACAUUAUCUGCUGGCAGAUUGAUUGUUCAUAAUGGCAUUUUACUGUCUGUUUGGCCUCACAGUGGUCACUACCUCCCUACAGAAGAAAACUUUCAGGCAUUUAUGUUAUUCCUUAAACAACAUCAUGUCGAUCUAACUUGUGUCCAGAGAGCACCUCUGGAUGAAGAAGAUGGAACGAGUCAAUUCAGAAGAGAGGAUGAAGAUAUUAUUAGUUCAAGCUGCUUAACUGAAGAUGAGAAUCAACCAAGGCCACAUGUUGUUUCCAAGCUUUCAGAAGUUGCCACAUCUUCCAUACUUAUGAAAAGAUCCCAUCUCAUACGAUCCAAGAUUGCCAAGCUUAGAAUUCCAAGCAUGCAUGAUACGGUGGAAGAAGAGUUCAAGACACCACAACCACCACCACCACCACCACCACCACAAGAGCAAAGUCCAAGCAACGACAAUGAAGAAGAAGAAGAAGAAAGUUUCUCAACAGCAGAAGAUUCGCUUCUGUCAGAGCAUGAUUUUAUGUGUCCUAAACUAAACUUGUUUGAGGUACAUGAGGAUUCAGAGUUUGAUGAGCCAAUAUCACACGCAACAAUCCAUGAGAGGAUACAGAGUCAUAGAAGAACUAGAUCUUACCAGUUGGGUGAACAUUUACAGUUCAAAUGGACAACAGGAGCAGGGCCUAGGAUUGGCUGUGUCAGGGACUAUCCUUCUAGGUUGCAAUGCCAAGUGCUCGAGCAAGUACAACUGUCUCCAAGGGGUACUAAUGUCACUCCUAGGACCCUCAACUAUAAACAAACUUUUCCUAGUCAAGAAACUACUGUUUGUCCUGAAUAAAUCUUUCCAGAUGCUCAUCACACCUAAAAUUUUGGAACUUUGCAGAAAAUCUGCUUUAAUUAUGCCAUAUAAUUCCAUGUAUCCUCUUCCA